CAUCCGUCUCUGUCUCUUUCUCCUAUCAUCACUAUAUUUCUUCUGGCUUGCAUAUUUUGUCAUCACUAUCUUUCUCACUUAACCGCCGCUUUUCUACUUCCGCCUUUUAAAGGUUCAUUUCUUAUUUUGUACUCGUCUUCUCUCUCUCUCUCUCUCUCACUCAUCGUUUUCUCUUCAAUUUAUCCGCUUCGUCUCCUUUCGCCAUCUCAUUUCUGAUCCACUUUUCGUCUCUUUUCGUCCUCUCAUCUCUUCUCUUACUCGCACACUCUCACUUUCCUUUCCUUUCCACCCUUCACUCUUCUUGUCUCUCCGCUGUUUCCGACGCUCUUCCCCCAUUCUCUAUCUCCGUCUAUCUCUGCGUGCUCUAAUAUGGCCACCCGGUGUCCAAUUACUCGCUCCGUUCUCGCUACAGUUUUUCGGUCGCCGUAUAUCCGCUGACAGCUGAACGGAUGUAGAAGGAUUCUCAUCAACUCUCGCGCGCGCGACAUGCCUUUCUAUUUUCCGCUUUUUCUUCUGCGAUAUGCAACCGUUCCGUUUCAUUCUUAUUCACCGAUCGCGUACCAAGUGAUGGCGUUCUUGUGUAUUCUUUUGACGACGCGCGCGUCGUUACGGACAAACCGAUNCGCGAUCUCAAUAUAAAUAGGGAAUUUGUGNCGGACAACAAUGAGAUAGAAGAAAGAGCUGUCACAGCGCUGGAUUUUAGUGACUGGAAAGUACAACCACUCGGGGACCACUAGAAAGGGCCCCCAACCGGGGACGACCGCCGAAAGGCGGUCAACGAAUCAGGCAUGGAGCAGUUCGAGCAGCUGCUAACCUGUGCGAUAUGCCUGGACCGAUACAGAAAUCCGAAGCUAUUGCCAUGUCAACACAGCUUCUGUAUGGAACCGUGCAUGGACGGCCUCGUCGACUACGUUCGCCGACAGGUCAAAUGUCCAGAAUGUCGUGCCGAACAUCGUAUACCAUAUCAAGGUGUGCAAGCCUUUCCGACCAACGUGACACUACAACGAUUCCUGGAAUUGCAUAUCGAGAUCACGGGGGAGUUACCGGACCCGACCAGCGGCCAGACCAUGGAACGUUGCGGUGUUUGCUCCGAGAAGAGCUACUGUUCUCUGUGCGUGCACUCAAAAAAAUGUUGUCCCGAGUGCAAGGACGCGCAUAUAGAUAUUUUGAGGCGCGAGAUCACGCGCAUCAAUUCCCAGGUGCGUAGAGGUCUUCACAGACUGCAGGACGCGCUCGCCCUGGUCGAGAAAAACACGCUGGGCCUUCAAACAAACUGCGCUUCGGUCGCCGAGGAAGUGGACGAGAUUUAUCGGAGGCUAAGCAAGGCUUUGAAAGANCGCACGGAAUAUCUGCGUAACGAGGUCGAUCGAUAUCUCGGCACCGAGCUUAGAGGCUUGAUUCAGCUCAAAGAGAAUCUCGAAUUGGAAAUCGCGAAUAUCCAGAGCAACUGCGAUCUGGCGGAGGCGNACAUAAACGAAAACGUGCCGUGGGACGACGCCGAGCUCCUGGACACAAAGGAACUCUUUCUGCAUACGGUGGAGUUUAUCAGGUACGAUGCGCCGGAAUACGAGGUGCCCAGGAACAAGUCCAGAUACAGAAGUCGGUUCAUGCGACAUCGGGACGGCGACGAUUCUGACGGCNAUUCCCGAUCGACGGUGAGAUUUACGGCGCCGCAGGAAUCGUCCGGUUUGCGGGAACGCGUUUUAGACACGGAAGACGCNGCGCGUGGGCCUCUAUCCGGGAUAUUUCGUCUGACCGACUCUCCACGAGUCAUGAAGAAAUUNCAGGAGUGNGAACGGGCUGGCAAGCGAAAGAAAGAUNAACUAUCGAGUCAACCCGUGCAGCAAUCUCAACCACCUAAACCUCAGGUACAAGUAAGGAAGGCACCGACCGCGGUGGCGCGACAGACCAGCGAGGACGAUGAGAUCUCGAGGAUCAAGAAGCAGAACAAGGCCGCCGCCGCUCACGCCGAAACGGUGGAGGAGAGGCAGCCGACAUCGACGCCCGUUGCCGUUCAUCCGCCACCGAGAGAACUUCCGGAGCGAGAACCAGAAGAACAGCCGGUCAGGAGAUCGUCGGCUAUCGUCAGGAGAACUUCGGCGGAAACUCACGCUCCCCCUGCGGCCAGAAGCGCCUCGUCGGACUCGAGCACUGGUUCCGAAAGCUCGACGGGUUCCGGAAUACGCAGCACGGGCGCGCCGUUCACCGCCGAGGAAAUGAAGCAGAAGUAUCUGUCAAGAGCGCCGCCGACUAGUACGACUACCUCCGUUUCGACGGGACCGGUCUCGACGACCGUAAGGGAGUCCUCGAACAUCACCACGCCGUCUCCCAGAGCGCCAUUUCAGAGCCGUUUUUUAGGCGCAGGUAACCGUGCAGCUCCGCCACCGCCGAUUCAGACACCGCGAGAAGAACCAGCGGCGAAGAAGAAAGAAGAAGAGGAAGACGAGGAUGAGGAAACAAGCAGUUCCUCGGAGGAAACAGAAUCAGAUACCGAGGAAGAGUCGGAAACGGACGUUCAUCCAUCGACUGCUGCUCCGUCCGCGGCUUCCGUCACUUCUCAGGAACGUCAGAGAAACGAAUCCGCCAUGGCGCGCACUGACAUCGGACCUCUACUCGCUCGCAGUGCCGAAGCUAGAAGAGGAAGUAAGGAAGAUUCGCCAUCGACCAGGUAUUCGUCACCGANGGGAAGCCCCGCGCAAUCCGUGACGACAACGACUACGACGAUGACGACGCCGGGCGGCGCGAUGACGACGACGUCGACGAUGCCGAGUGGCUACACCAGCAGGUUCCUGAACAAGAGCAGAAGCCAAGCGGCGAUGAUGGCUUCCCGCGAGCGGGAACGUGAGCGGGAACGUGAGCGGGAACGCGAGCGGGAACGCGAGCGGGAACGCGAGCGCGAACGCGAGAGGGAUGCGGAGGCAGAAGUGGAUUCGCCAUUGUCGGCGAGAUCUCGCUACGCGGCUCUAAAGGAGCGUCGACAGCGUCUGGCUCGCUCCAGGAGUUCGCACAACUUCGGUGGCGACGACCUCGACUUGGACGAGGAGCCGCCGUCGCCAACAACCCAGUCGCCGAACGCCUAUCUGGCGGCCAAGUAUGGCGCCGGUUCCGAAUUAGCGCGAAGCCGNAGCACCCACGCCCUAAAGUCGAGGGAACCAAGCCCGGAACGCGAUCGCCCGGGUACGGAAAAAGAUGGCGCGGCUCUCAGNUCGUGGGCCAGGUACCUGAAAAACAAAUAUGGCAAUCGCACCACCAAAGACAAAGAACCGCCCUCCGCAACAUCCACGAUACCGUCAUCCAGCACCAGCGCGACUUCGAGAAGAUUAUCGCUGGGCCUGCCUCUUAGGCAUACCGGACAAACAUCCUUUGAAUCUUCUGACGACGACCAAAAAAACCCGUCAGGCUCCCCCACGUCCCCUACAGCAGCUCCCGUUAUACCCGCGGCAGCAGGUUCCUCCACUAGCAAUGGUCGGAGGAGUCAUUACUUGCUGAAGCGGCGGCAGCUGUUUGAGUUCGGGAUGCGGGGGAGCGAAGCCGGAUGCUUUACCUGGCCGACAGGCCUUGCAGUCGGUCCGGACAACUCCAUCGUCGUGGCCGACAGCUCUAACCAUCGUGUUCAAGUAUUCGACAAUAAUGGGAACUUCAUGAAGGAGUUUGGAACGUUGGGCAGUGGCGAAGGCAAGUUCGACUGCCUCGGCGGGGUGGCCGUGAACAGGAUCGGCCAGUACAUCAUCGCGGACUUCUACAACCACAGAAUCCAGGUGUUCGAUCCGUCCGGCCGAUUUCUGCGAGCCUUUGGCUCCCAAGGCACCGCCGACGGCCGCUUCAAUUAUCCUUGUGGUAUCGCCACCGACGCUCUCGGCUUCAUCUACGUGUGCGACAAGAAUAAUCAUCGCGUACAGGUAUUUCAAUCGGACGGCACAUUCGUGGGCAAAUUCGGAUCGUGCGGUAGCGGGCGCGGCCAAUUAGAGAGGCCGCACUACAUCGCGGUGAGCAACACGAACCGGGUGAUCGUCAGUGACGGAAAAAAUCAUCGCGUGCAGAUAUUCGAUGUCAACGGCCGCGUGCUGACGUUCUUCGGCGCCGAGGGCACGGACGAGGGCCAGUUCAAGUUUCCGCGUGGCGUCGCUGUGGAUGACCAGGGCUAUAUUAUCGUCGCCGACUCCGGCAACAANCGAAUACAGAUCUUCAGUCCGGAGGGCGCCUUCCUCAAAUCCAUCAGCUGNGGAGGCAGUGGCGAGUUUAACCCUCUCGAGGGCGUCGCCGUUACCNCCACAGGCAACAUUGUUGUCUGCGAUCACAAAAAUCAUCGGGUCCAAGUAUUCUGAGCUUUGUUUUUUAUAUAUGUAUAUAUAUAGUCGGGGACAAAAAAAAGUAAAUGGAUAAAUAGUGAAAAUGAUUAUCAAUUAAAUUUAAUCAAAAUAGUUACUAUUGUUAUAUAUUUAAAUUUUAUUUAAUGCAUAUUCUUAUGGUAGACAUGGAUUAUAUUAAGUAAAUACUUGAAAUUAAUAUCUGCAUUUUUGUAUAUAAAUUGUGUUUAUUUAGUGAACAAUUAAUACUUACAUUUCUGUAAAUUGUGUUUAACAAAUAAGUCAGUCAAUUACAGAGAAACAAAAGUUAAUGAUAUAUUAAAAUACGUAAUAUUAAAACACAUAAUAAAUUAAAAAUUAAUCUCUAGCGUUACCGUCUUUUGCUUGAAUUACUGUUUCUAAACGCCAUGGUACACUCUGUCUUUUUAAGUUUUUGAUAUAAUGUCUUUGUCUAAUACUUUCAAAUGUUGAGUAUAACUUUUAAAAAAUCGGUCCUAGUAUUCUGCUUUAUCUAAUGGAACUUUAGCAUCUAAUAAAUUUCAUAAAUUCUCUAUGGGAUUCAAAUUCUGUGAUGGUUAUUCAAGUAAUUUACUAUUUGAAUUCUCAAAACAUUUUUUGUGUCUGAAAGGUCGUUGUCUUGCUGUAAAAGAAAUUUUUUUGUCAAGGCUCAUUUUUAACACUGUCUCUUCUCAAUUUUCAUUUAUUAUAUCAAUCAAUUGUUUGCAUUCAUAAUUUUAUCUCUAUAGGUACUACAACAUCUUNCAUAUUACGAGGAACAUCUCUACAUUAUCAGUAAUCCACGAUCAACUUUUAUUGUAGUGUAAUAAAUUGUUUUUUUGGAUACUUUACGCUUUGUUUAGA